AUGAGUCUAUCAACUAAGGCCAAUGAGCUCCACAGCAAAAUGACAGAACAUUCGCUGGAUACGUUGUUCAAAGAAGACGAACUUAUGUCAUUCAUUGGAACAUCAUCAGCUUCAGACUUGUUACAAUACACUCAAGAGUUACUUAAUAAUAAUUUGAUCAAAAUUUUAAAACAAGGUGAUGCGUUGAUGUUCCAAGCGAUCGCCACCAAUGAAGCCAACAAAAUCUCAAAUAUGGCUGAAGACGAAGCCAUGAUAUACUCAUAUAUAGAAUCUUCAGGUAGAGAAGGUAUUUGGACCAAAACUAUAAAAGCUAAGACCAAUUUACAUCAACAUAUUGUCAUGAGAUGCUUGAAAUCCCUUGAAAAUCAAAGAUAUAUCAAAUCCAUCAAAUCAGUUAAACAUCCUACAAGAAAGAUCUAUAUGUUGUAUAACUUACAGCCUUCGAUCGAUGUAACUGGGGGUCCAUGGUUCACCGAUAGUGAAUUAGACAGUGAGUUUAUUGAUAGUUUAACCACAGUUAUUUGGAGAUUCAUUGCCAACAAGACAUAUCCAUCAGCUUUCCAGUCCCCUAGUCAGAAUAUCAAUCCAUUACAAGCAUCUUAUCCUCAUAACUAUACAGGUUAUGUGGAUAUUAACAAUAUAAUGGACUUUAUUAUAUCGAGUAAGAUCACCAAUAUUGAAUUGGCCCCCAACGAUAUAAGAUCUUUAUGUGAUGUGUUGGUGUAUGAAGAUAAACUAGAGAGUAUUGAACUGGCUGACCAGUACAAAGCUACUUGGCAAAGUAUCGUUGAUGGUGGAUUCGUCAAUAUCGAUAAUGACCAGGAAUUUUCCAUCUUCAACAACAAAUCUGAAAAUGUUAUUGACGAAGAAGAAGACGAUCUCGUUUAUUUCGACUCCUGGGUUCUCCAUUGA